AUGACGGUUGCAGUGGCGGGGAUGAUGAUGGCGCUUGUAGCUGUCGUGUCCUGCGUGGGCGGCGGCGGUCUCACGCUGCCGGUGGCGGCUGUGCCCGGCAUCCCGAGCGGCAUACCGGCGGUCACCGGGGCGGGUGCCAUGGAUGCGUGCGCCGCGUACACGAGUUGCGCCGAGUGCGUGUUUGAUGCCUCCGACGGCAUUUUGAACCCCCCAUUGGACUGCGCGUGGUGCGUCUCCACCCAUCGCUGCAUACGCUUCAACACCUCUGCCCUGCCGCCUUCCUCAUCCUUGCCGCUGCUGCCUAGUCACGCUGCCACUGCGAUGGCGGGGACCUGUCCGGAUUUGCGUCACGCGAGACUCAACCCCACAUGCCCAGACAUGUCUUGCGCUGCGGCUAACACGACGAACAACAUAUACAUUUGUCGCCCAAUCACGAUCCUGUGGAUUACCUUGGCCUGCCUCUUGGGUCUCCUGGACGUCGCCUUCUACCUGUGGCUGCACGCGGUGCGGCAGCUGCCGUGGAAGUACGAGCCGCACCUGAGUCAGCUGCUCGCUGGGGCGCCACACGCGUUGGGGGGGCUGCAGGAGACAAACACGCAGGCGGGGACGGAGCAAGGGACCGACGCCACAACGGAGGUACCUAUGGAGACGCAAGCGAAGCAAAUUAACCAUAAUCCUGAUAACAGGAAUGGCAACGAGUGCCGGGAUGAGCACAGUGCGGACGGUGAGAGUCACAAUCAACAAAAGCAACAGCAGCAGCAACAGCAGCAGCAGCGUGUGCCUAGUAAUUGUCCCAUUUGUAAGAUGACUCAACCGGCUCCGCCUUCACCAGGGGAUGUGUGCUUCUGGUGCAAUAUAGCGCGUUUUGGGUUUGUUCCCCUCUUUAUCGGCAUUUCCAGCGCCGUGCUGGGAUUUAUACUGCUUUUCUGCGUGUCGCUAAAACCGUGGUUUGCGGAUGGCUUUUACAUUUACCUUAUUCUCAGCGCCUACGUUUCGUACGCUAUUUUCGGGGCCCACGUGUACUUUGGGCGUACGCCGCAGCUUCAGCCGCAGGCGGUACGCGAGACGCUUUACGUGCAACUUGCCAUCCGCCUGCUUGGCCGCCCUCUUCUCUCGGUGAUACCCGCACUGUCGGAGGGGGAGGCAGCCUCGCCCGUGUUGCUGAGGGCCUCUUCACUGUCGCCUUCCACACAAUCACCCCACGGCGGGGGAGGCGCAGGCACGCUUGUGCUGGAGGGCAACACACUUUCCCCUGAGCUGGUGCGGCAGAAGAAGGGAGAGACGGCGCAGCUGCUUAACAUGGAAGGCUUGGAGCAGGGGUUUCGCAAGGUGCUGCUCCAGACGCUGGCCAGAGACGAGUACGUUCUCUGGUGCGAAAAGCCGGAGGUGUCGAGUAUAAUCUUCAACGAUCUGUGGCUCUACAUUGACCUCUCAGCAGGCGUAGCCUUUGGCAUCUGGCUGGCGGUGGCGUCCAGCGUGAAGGACCCAACCUACGUGCUUGUGCGACUUUUUGGCUCCACCACAAUGGGUGUCUUGGGUUUUCUGCUGAUUGUGGCGUUUACCUUGCUGCUUACGAUGACGCUAAGCAGCAGCAUCCGCCUGUACGCCCUCACGGAUCGGCGGCUUCUGACGGUGUUUAACGGCCUCAUCAGCCCCACGGUGGCGGAGACGGAGCUGAAGAGUCUGCGCUUUGCCUCUGUCUACGGCUACAAGUUCUUCGGCAACACCCCGGUGCUGACCUUCUCCUGGGAGGUGCCCCUGACGGAGCGGAAGAUGCCCCCGAUUAAGAGCCACAACUUCCCCGCCGUCCUCCACCUGGAGGAGUUCUUGAAGUACUUCAAGGCUGUCGCCCCUACGUUUACGCCCAUCAACAAUCAAAGUCAUCAAAGCAUGCAGCACAAGCGACAGGCGUGGCGGAUGCAUCUCUUCUUUGCCAUUGUGUUGCUGCAUUUCCUCCCCAUUAUCACUCUCUACCCGCUCUUUCUACCUGGCUUUCUCUCGUUUCUGUUGUUUAUCAUUUUUGGCUUUGUCGUCCUGGCGAUAGUGCAUCGCGGGGUGCAGGUGCAGCGCAUGACGCAUGCGUCGCUGAGUCUGGCGGGAAAUUGGUCCCCCGCCGGCGCGCAAUUCUGUAGGCGCGAGAGAGGCCUUUUCCAAUUUUUCCGUGAUGACAACUCCCUAAUUCUGCGCUCAAAGGCCCGCGCCAGCACCGUCACAUCCACGUGA